AUGCCACUUCUGAGUUUGGAGCCCCAACCCCCGCUGCCGCCGCAGACCACCAUCAGACAACACCUUACCACGGCGCUAGACGCCAUAGAGAGAGAGAGGGAGGCACUCAUGGAGAGGCAGACACAACUCCUGGGCAAGUACCAAGAGUUUGUGGCCUUCUUUGUGCAGAGCAGCUCCGUCUGCAUAACAAUGAUGGCCGGCGGUCUCUUUAUCGGCUACUAUCUGCACAACAAGGUUCACGGCUACAUCAUAACAUCUCUCGUCUCACUAACUUAUCUUCUACUCUUAUUGAUGGUGAUUUUAGCAACAAAAAGGCUGGUUACCCACAUGGAGUGGAGGGCAUACAAAAUCGACAAGGACACAAAGAAUUUACAAGUAAGCGCAAAUAGGUGCUACUCGUUUGUAACCGGCUGCCCGGACCCAAGCCCCACCGCAGACGUUGUGGGCCCCGCCGCGGAGGAUACUGCCAAGGCCGCUGCCAUUGAGCUGGCUAUCACUAAGGCCGCCGCAGCUAGGAAUGCAACCGCCGCUGCUGAUGACAGUGAAGCUCUUUAUGAGGCUGCAGCCGCCGUCGCCCUUGGCGCUAGUGCCAGUGGUGAGCUGAGUAAUGCCGCUCUCAGAAGUCUUCGGGAAAAGGCCGACCAAGCGCAGCAAAAGGCUGAAAAUGCUCAGAAUGAAUACAACGCUGCUCUGGGAGCCGCGGACGCCGCUCUGCACGCAACAAUGCCCAAUUGGCGCGGUGCUGUGGAUGACCCGGGGACGGAGGCUAUAUCUCACGCCAAAGAGAGAGCUAGGAAAUUGAAGGCCUCUCUCAAUUGGUCCACCAGAUUUGCUUGGGACCUGUUUGGGGGUGUUGUGGCGUCGUGGUUGCUCUUCGCCAUAACCCUAGGUUGCUGGAUCAAUUUUACGGUUUUGCUUAAGCAGGUUUUGUUUUCUUCAUCGCCGAGUACAUUGCUGUUUACAACAUUGCAUUCAUCAGCAGCCCGAAUAUCGAUUACAUGCAUGGAGGCUCGGGAAGUCGAGAGGUUCAAGAGCCUCACGGGUUUGGAUGGUUUUGGUUUGGAUAGGGAUGUUAUGAUGCUUCAUAUAUUCGAGGAUUUGUACGAUGUGAAGGUUGAAGCGGCUUCUGACUCAGUGGGGUCCGCGGGUUGCUCGGCAUUGGGCGCCCGAGUGCGGGUUGAUAUUUGUCUCCCGACCCUCAGCAGUUUCAUGGGACCUCGAGAAUCGCUUUAA